AUGAAGUUCUUCAAGGCCACUCUGCUGGCUCUCUUCGCCGCGGGGAGCGCCCUCGCUGUUCCCACCACGGAGGAAGACGUCGAGCGCGUCUCCUACCACGGCUUCAAAGUCUACCGGAUCUGGACGCACGGCCGCCCAGGCGAUAUCCGGAGCAAGCUGGACGCCGGCCUGGCGAGCUAUGAGCGCUGGAACGACGACGGGCUGUACCACAUCGACAUCCUCGUCUCCCCCAGCGAGGUGUCGGCAUUCGAGGCUCUCCACCUCGAGCACAAGAUCCUCCACGAAGACCUUGGCGCUUCUGUCCAGAGCGAGUCGGCGGGCAUCUCGAAGCGCCUCAGCGUCCGGGACGAUGAAGAUUGGUUUGCUUCGUACCACAACUACACGGACCACAUCGCCUACUUUGACGAGCUGCACAAGAGAUUCCCCGAUAAUUCCGAGAUUGUCUCCUCGGGCGAGUCGUACGAGGGACGCGACAUCUUCGGUAUUCAUCUGUAUGGCAAAGCCGGCCCCGGGAAGCCAGCCGUUCUGUACCACGGCACUGUCCACGCUCGCGAAUGGAUUUCCGCUCCGGUCGUCGAGUACAUCACGCUGCAGCUCAUCAACGGGUACGCCAAGAAUGACUCCAUCGCCACAACCGCCCUAGACAAAUACGACUUCUGGAUCUUCCCAUUCGUGAACCCCGACGGCUUCGUCUACUCCCAGACAUCCGACCGCCUCUGGCGAAAGAACAGACAGCCCGCCCCUCCCAACGCAACCAACCCAUCCUGCUACGGCCGCGACAUCAACCGCAACUGGGAGUUCGGCUGGGACACCAACCCGCGCGGCGCCUCCACCAACCCGUGCUCCCAGACCUACCGCGGCGAAGCCCCCUCCGACACCCCCGAGAACAGGGGGCUCGACAGGCUCGUCCGCAAGCUCCGCGACACCUCCAAGAUCAAGCUCUUCAUCGACUGGCACAGCUACGGCCAGUACAUCCUCUCCCCCUUCGGCAACAAGGAGACCCUCUACGCGCCCGAGCUCGGCAAGUGGACCAAGGCCGCCUCCGUCGUCAGCGAGGCCAUCCGCGACUCCUCCCCCAACCGCACCACCUACACCUUCGGACCCAGCGGCGCCGUCCUCUACGCCACCACGGGCGCGGCCCCCGACCACGUCUAUAGUAUUGGCGGCGCUGAAUUCUCCUACACGGUCGAGCUGCGGGACCUGGGCGACUAUGGUUUCGUGCUGCCGCCGGAGCUGAUCCUCCCCACGGCCAAGGAGCAGUGGGCUGGGCAGCGGGAGCUGCUGCCCAUCCUGGACGAGGAAUUCUUUGACGGUGAUGGUUCGGUCUACUAG